AGCACCAUGAGCGGUGGUGGCUAUGGAAAGCUGGAGGUAACGAACUCGGCUUCGUUGUGCAAUUACAACUUCCAGGUUGUGGGCUUGCCAGGCUGAGAGCCACGACGCAAUUGCCUCAUACCAGAAUCAUACUAUCACAAAUUCGGUCCUACUAAGCGAAACAUACUUGAUUUGCUGUAUGAGACCCACCCAUCGUCGCAUUGCCGAGGUGGCCUGAUUGACAAUUGUGAGCCUGAAAUAUCCUCCACUUUGGACAGGUAGCAGCAUUAGUAGACGUCAUGCCAAAGGUUCGGGAGAAAUUAGAAAUACCGCACCGUACUGCCGCCUACGAGCUACUGGACGAUGAGAUCUUCAAGUUGACCUUGACCGAAGAGAACAAAGCUGAGGUCUUUGAGUAUGGUCUCUCCAAGCUCAAUAAAAGCCAGCAUGAAGCAUCGUCCAUACUUCAGAAUCUUUCGAAAUGGGAUCCGCAUAUCAGAUCGCUGUUUGCCCUCCGCUCAUCCUCCACCAUCCUCAACACACCUUUUCGUCUCGUCUUCCCCAAUGCUGAUCUCUCAUCAUUUGAGGAGACUGGCUUGUACGUUCGUCAGUACAUGGCAGUAUCAUACUGCUGGCGUUCCAAGGAUUUCCUAUCCGCAGGCUACGAAAGGCACGGCAGUUGGCCCAUAAGCAAGCCUUUUGUGAAAGCGAUAAUCAGCGAGAAGGAUCACCCUCGUGUUGGGAUUUGGAUGGACCAGCUCUGCAUUGAACAAACGUCGUCGGUUGACAAGCAGAAAUCUGUCGCAGCGAUGGACAUCAUCUACCGGUCAUGCAUCCGCCUUUUAGUCUUACUUGAAGACGUGUUCCUGGACGAGGAAGAGGUGGCGUUGUCUAAGAAAUAUGAUCCGUCCAGAAUUACAUUCGACCGAGCGUGGAGGCCGCCAGCGGAUGAACAGGCUGUGUUUGCAAGCUUCUAUAAUAAAGUCAACGCGGCACGGUGGUGGGAACGAGCAUGGUGCUUCCAUGAGUUCAAUGUCAACGAACCGUGGAGUCACAAUAGACAGUGUCACGAGGUCUAUAACGCUACUUUCAUCAUGAAUGGCCCUAUAGGAUCAACAGUGAAGAUCAAGUGGUGGACCCUGCACUACAUCAUGGCAUCCGCCAUGCCUGAGGACAAAGGACAGGAGAUCUUCGCUCUCAUCGACGCUGGAGAUCGCGAACCUGGAUGGAGGAGCAGUGUCAUGGCAAGGCACAAUGGCGUGAGUAAAAAGGGAUGCAUGCUCUUGGAAGACAAGUUAAGCAUCAUGAUCAACACGUGUGGGCUUGCACUUGCGUACCAAGGACAGGCGCUGAAGAGCACGGACGAGAUUCUAUACAUCAGCGCCUUGCUAGCUCUUGCAGUGGGAGAAUCUUACCCACUUACCAUGUUUGACGGCCGAGCUAUCCCUAAGCUGAACAACAAAUCAACGUGGUUUCAGCGACACCUUGUAGCUGAUGAUAUCUCAAUCCCCAGGUUCAGGAUUGGAGGUCUGCAUGGUAUUCAUUGUGUUUCGAUGCAAGAAAUAGAGCUGGAAAUGGUCUUCCUCCCGCCACCUGCUAUUUGGUCCGGCGUGAAAGAUGAAGACCUCAGACCUACCUAUGAGAUCUUUCCUGGCACGAUAGCGACCACGCGACCAACCACACAUGGACCAGUAGGAGAUCACUUUGCAUCAGCGAGUCGACCUGAUGCAGUCCUUGACAAUCCGCGCCGUAGGUUUCUUGCCGGCUGUGUCAUGAAUGGACACGCCUUCACAGCCCGACUGUGGAUACAAGUCGUACGAGAUGUCAUAGGACCCAACUACAACCAGGGACUGUUCAAAGACCUGAAGCCCAACCCAUCGCUGCUAUCUGCUGCACAAAGGUUCGUCAUACAGCUCCUAUCAGUCUCAACAUUACAGGGCAUCCCACCUCCCUCUACUUUCACACUCGAAGACGCGCACCUCUUCCUAACGUGGCUUACUGAUCCGCGAUCUAUGUACUAUAUCAGCGUCUACACGUACCGUAUGCAGUGUACCAUUGACGGUCAGGGAGCAUUUACUACAGGUGCGCAGGUCAAUGAGCACUUUCAAGAUGGGCCGAUUGAGGAGUUGCGGGCUGCUGUGCCAACUGAUCUGCUGGAUGCGCCCUGCAUCCCUCUCAGAGUGUGGCUUCUGCGACCGAGGAAGAUUGAGGAUGGAGUGGGCAAGUGGAUGCUUGUGGGGAAGGCGAUGUUGCUGGGUGAGCCGGACUUGAAGAAGGUAAUCAAGGGGAAUGAGGGAAGGGACGAUGCGGUGGUGAGAUCGAGGAGAGUCGUUGUUGGUGGUUGAUGGACGAGUAC